CAAAAACACGAAAAACACUGAGAUAAAAAAAAAUAUCCCAAAAAAUAUCCCAUCGAUCAGAGCCGCCUGGUGGCAAAAUUCAAGCAGCCGUUUUGUGCGCUGUCGUCGAGCGUCCGACGCCAUUUUUGUGAAAUUGUUGAGUUGGAGAGGAAGUGCUGUGUGCUGUGUAGUGAACAAGAAGCCGAGAAAAACUCUGAAAAUACCUCAAAAUUGUUGUGAAUAGCCGUGGCAAGUGAUUUGUGGUUAUAGUGUAAUGGCAUCUAAAGCGAAAAAGAGUGGGUCGGGAACGCCCUUGGCGUCCAGUACGCCAGUACCGGGUGGAAAGACGACUCCGACACCCGGUCCAAACGUACGGCCGGCAAGUCCACUCAGUCCCACUCGGGCGAGUCGCCUGCAGGAGAAGGCUGAACUGCAGAAUCUCAAUGAUCGUCUGGCCAUCUAUAUUGAGCGCGCCCGGAGUCUGGAGCAGGAGAAUUCGCGAUUAUCGCUCCAGGUGCAGUCGUCGCAGGAGACGGUGACGCGGGAGGUGUCCAACAUCAAGUCCAUGUAUGAGCAUGAGCUGUCGGAUGCCCGGAAGCUCCUUGAUGAGACAGCACGCGAAAAGGCAAAGCUGGAGAUCGACACCAAGCGUCUCUGGGAAGAAAAUGAUGAUCUCAAGGCCAGGCUGGACAAGAAGACGAAAGAUUUGCUUCUGGCAGAGAACAGUGCUCGGAUGUACGAGUCGAGAUGCAGUGAAUUAACUGGAAAGUACAAUGCAGCCUGCAAUGAACGGAAGAAGUAUCAGGAUGAUGCCAAGGAGUUGGAGAAGGAGAAUGAGAAGUUGCGAAAGCAAUUGGAUGGGAUGAGGAAGCAUCUGGAGGAGGAGACUCUGGCACGUGUUGAUCUGGAGAAUAGUAUUCAGAGUUUGAAGGAGGAAUUGGCCUUCAAGGAUGGUGUGUAUCAGCAGGAACUCACGGAGACCCGUACGAGGCGUCAGGUGGAAAUUAGUGAGUUAGAUGGACGUCUGAGUGAACAGUAUGAGGCGAAACUGAAGGAGUCCCUCCAGGAGUUGCGUGAGCAGUAUGAGGGACAGAUGAAGGCCAAUAGGGAGCAGAUUGAUUUGCUGUAUGAGCAGAAAAUCAAGAAUUUGCAGAAUGCCCUAAAUGCUAAUACUAAUUCAGCAUCUGCAGCCUUUGAGGAACUGAGACAGACGCGCCUUCAUAUUGAUUCACUCAAAUCCAAGAUCAAUGAACUAGAGGGCCAGAAUGCUGCCCUAAAUGGACGCAUUCAUGACCUCGAGAGGCUCAUUGAUACCGAACGUCAACGCCAUGGAGAUCUGGUGAGGACCCUUGAGGCCGAAUUACUCCGACUUCGCGAUGAGAUGGCACAGCAACUCCAGGAAUAUCAGGAUCUUAUGGAUAUCAAGGUUUCCCUAGACAUGGAGAUUGCAGCGUAUGACAAAUUGUUGGCUGGUGAAGAACAUCGUCUCAAUAUUACUCCGACUUCUGGGGCAUCUGGUAGUUCAUUUUCUCAGAUUUUUCGUUCAGGGAGCCGCGCAGGCGGCUCCCGUAGGACACCGCAGCGCCAAACGGGGCAGCCGGCGUUGAAGCGAAAGCGUACGUAUUUGGAGGAAUCCGAAGAGCGGAAUUUCAGUGAUUUUUCCGUGACGGCAUCGGCCAAGGGGGACAUUGAGAUUGUUGAGGCUGAUCCGGAGGGAAAAUUUGUCAAGUUGAGGAAUAAGGGGCCCAGGGAGAUUCCUAUUGGGGGCUGGCAGUUGACACGUACUGUGGGCAGCAAUGAGACAGUGUUUAAGUUCCAUCGAAGCGUGAAGGCGGAUGCUGAGGCGGUCAUUACGGUUUGGUCAGCAGAUUCGGGCGUGACACAUGAACCACCCACGAAUAUCGUGAUGAAUGGCAAGAAGUGGUUUGUGGGGGACAAUAUGAAGACACUUCUGAUGAAUGCAGAAGGAGACGAGGUGGCUGCCAGUGAGAGGAUUCGUACGCAUUUGAGCAGCUUGGCGUCCAGACAUCGUGAAUCUGGCUUUGGCGGAGAUGAUUUGUACCACCAUCAGAGCCUCAGGUCAGCCUCUAGGGCGUCCCAAUUUGGCAGUGGAGAUCCUCAAGGGACGGAAAAGUGCCGUGUCAUGUGAACGGAGCAUCUAACUUAACUGCAAUCGGCCCCCACGGAGAGGUAAAGAAAAUAAAACAUUUUAGUUUUUUCGAAAAAUUAAAUUAAGAAUGAGAAACUUCUUGAUGGAUGAUUCUUAUCAAAGGGACUUUCGAAGAAGAAAACAGAUGGUUUUUUUAAUUAUACAAUUCUUUUUUUUCUUUCUUUUUUAGUUGUAAUUCAGUAAAGAAAAAGAAUUAUUUCAAUUAUCGUAAGAAUUGGAGAAAAAAUAAUAUCAAUUUCAUAAAGAAAAAAAUAAAUAAAACGAGAAAAUCGUGAAGAGACUUCUACAAAGAACAAGGAAGUAAAAAAAACUUCUCUUUUAAAUGUUAAAAAACAUUUUUUUUUCUUUUACAUUUCAAUUAAUUUCACAUGAUUUCUUUUCUUUGAGCACGAAGAGAAGAAAUGAAAAAUUUCUAAACUGAAAAUCUGAAUUUUUGGGUAAAAAUGAUCAGAUUGUAAAUCGAUCAAAUUGAACAAAGAUUAUUUGUCUGCAAGAAAAAGAAAUAAAUAAAUAAACACAAUCCCAAUUAUUGUGCAUAAAAAGCAAAAUUUGCAUUAUUCGCUUCCUUGAUAAAAAAAAAUGAAGAAAAGAAAAAUCUUGUAGAGAUUAUUAGAGCUAUAUUAUUAAAAAAAAAACAAAUAUACCACGGACGGAAAAUAAAAGAAUAAUCCUCAAUUUUUCUGUCCACUUGAAGAUGCCUACAGUCCAAUAAUUUUUGGAGUAAAACAACUUACAAAUAAAAAAGAUAGAUUGUAAAGAAGAGAGAGAGAGAGAAGGAAUAAGGAUUGAAAAAAAAAUAAUUAACUGAUAAGAUUUUCUCUAACAAAGUUUAAUUUUAAGAUUUUUUUCUAUUAUCUUUUUUUUUUCUUCUGAGAAUAUUUCUCAAGAUUCUUUUUUUUGCUUAAAAAUUAUACAUUUAAUUUUUUUUCUUUAAAUAAAAAAAAAUAGAAUUAUAAAAAAAGCAUUCUUUUACAAAAAAAAACCUCCCUUGAGAAAAAAACUGCCGUAAGAUAAAAAUAAAAGAAAAAAAAAACAGAAGAAAAAAAGUCAGUCAAAUCUUUCGCUUUUAUUUUCAAACUCGUAGUUAUUAACAUUUUUGUGUUCAUUUAAAAGUCUUUUUCUCGCAUAUUUUUAUUUGUGCUAAUAUUGAUUAGGAAUGACAUUUAUUAAAAAUUAAAACUUGAUUGGAAAAAUAAAGAGAAAUAAAAAGAAAAAUACAUCACGGAAUGUGGUUUUUAAAAUCAUUAGGGAGGGUGCUAAAAAGAGGGCAUAAGUUUCUUCGAUGGAGGAAGGACAAACAGAUUUUUUUAAGGAUACAAUUACACAGAAUUAACUGUAUAUUUAUAUGUACCAGAAUAAAGUUGAAUUCUCUACAAAAAAAAAUGAUGAGCCUGGUUUCAGCUUCUAUUUAUCAGGGUUUAUUGGAUGUAUUUCUCUUUUAUGUUGAACUGGAUAAGAGGAUUGCAGUGCAGAAAAAUCCUUCAGGUGUCUAUGGCAAAACCAACGGUUGAAUUUGGUUGUAAAGUGUGCCCUAUGAGUUUCAGCCCAAAAUACAAGGAGUUCCGGCUUGAGAGAAAACGGACUAAAAGAAUUUGAUAUAAAUUAAAAUGAUUUUUGAAAUGCCCCUAAAUGUACACUUAGUCCGGGGAUUAUGCAUAUUUUCGGGACCGAAAAAAAAACGCGCGAAAUCGCUUUAUGCGUUGUGAAAAUUUGCAUACCCGCAGGCGAUUUCUUUUGAAUGAAUCGGCCGUAAAACGAAUCUCGCGCGGAAUAAAAGUAGAGCAAAAAGCUUCAAUACACGGUAAAAAAUUUCGGCACGUAUUUGUUCCAAAAAUUAGCUCGUCCACGGACACCAUAAUUUUUGGCAUAAUCUUGUUCAUUUUAUGAGACUCAAAAAGAUACCCAAUAUUAGUAAUGAAUUUGUUCCAAAUUGUAGCUCGUCCACGGACACCAUAAUUUUUGGAACAAAUUUGUACCUUCUAGGAGGAACAAAAAGAUACCCAAUAUUAGUAACGAAAUAAAAGCGUAUCCCUCCUCUCACACUCAGUCACCCGUCACCGAAGGGAAGAGGACGCCAAAUCUGUGGCAAUUUUCGUGUUACAUGGUUUCACUUUUUAAAUUCGAGAUUCCCUUCCCCUCCUGCUGCCAGCACUUGCAUAUGAUUUCGUCAUGCACGCGUCUGUAUACAACACUCUUAAGUUGAUUUUUAUUUGAUGUUCCUUAUGAACUUUCGCUACCGAAAUCCAUCUCGACUGAAGUAUAGGCCUUAACUGUAAGGCAAAAUCACUUACACGGAUUUGUUCCCGACAAUGGGAACAAAAAGAUUCCCUAUAUGAGUAACAAUUUCGUUCCAAAAAUUACCUCGUCCAUGGACAUCGAAAAUUUUUGGAACAAAUAUGUUACAGAUGUAGGAAUAAUAUUGUUAUAAAAAAUAUGUACCAAUUUGUUCCUGACAGUGGGAACAAAACAGCCGAGUGCAACAAAUUCUGUUCCAAAUUUCAGGAACAAAUUUGUAUAAAACGAAAUCAACUCAAAUUUGUAGACAUUACACUGUAUCAAAACGGUUCCAAAAACAACUCUAACAAAAUUGUAACUGUAUUUUGUAACGAAACUGUAAAGAAAACUUUUUGGAACAAACAAAUAUCUUUUCUAGGUACACGUACAAAUUGAUUCCAAAGAAAUUUGUUCCAAGGAAAACUUAGUUCCAAUAUUUUGGUCAGUGUCCAAAAGUUUUUACCGUGUAGUUUAAAAUAAAUUCAUCAACAAACAGUACCUACUCUGGCCAGAGUUCUUCAAUAAAUUGUUAAAAUAUUUAGCUUAACCCUCUAACAGUACUUUCUUUGAUAUGCAAAAAAGGUAAUUAAAUAAUUUUGUCUAGGGUAAUUAAUGGUCCACUGAAAUCAAAAAUACCAUCCCUUCUUCAUUAUCUCUUUCCGUUUGGGCACCAGGUGAGAAAAGGUAAAGACCGCCUCCAGGCAGUCAUAUCCGUUUAAGGCAUAAAAAGACAGAAAUAUUUUAAUUGAAAAAUAGUGAACAAAUAGUAAAAGAAAUGAAUUUUAAACGGUUUUUAUGGAUGAAUGUUGUAUGAUUAUCUAAAAAAUGAUAAUUUUUAUGAAAAAAACUUUUAGAAUUUUUAUAAUUAGUCGUUAAAGAAACUGAAGGUGUUUCAAUGAGACUGAUUUUUAACGAAUGGGUCACAGGCUAGGUAUGAAAACGUCACUUUCUUGUAUAAUUUGAAGGUCAUUUGAAAUACAUUGCUAAUCUUCUGGCCCUAUUUCACGAUCAGGGAUAUUAAUAAAAGAAAUUAAAGUUUUAUGCUGAAAAAUAAGCAAAAAAAGUCUUCAAUAUUCCCGCGUCACAAAAUAGUAGGGUAAAUGUCCUAAUUCAAAACCAUUUCCAGACGCUUUAACUUUGACAGAAGAUGCAACACAUUAAGUUCAUAUUUUUUUCUGAAGAGAAUUACAUAAAUUUGCUCCUUGACUCUUCUAGAAUGUUACUGUUUAGUGAAAAUUCUUUAAAUAUAAUUUGAAAACUUCUUAAAUACAAGAAAAAUACUCGAGUGUAAAAUGUUUCUAUUGGAAACAUAUUAAUCUAAAUGGAGACAAGAGAAAUUUUCUAAUUGGAGACAAAAAGUGUAAGUGAAACCGCGACGAAAUUCUUCCAAAACCUUGUUGAGUUGCUCCUGAGUGCAAGAUUUGUUCUUAUUCCUGGUCUUUUCUCCUUUCCCAUCUAAAACAAUAAGAAAAUCUCUCCAAAAAAAAUCAUAUUUCCGGGGUUUCCUAUUGAAGCAUUUGCAGACACUUCAGAAAAAUCCUUUUUAUUCACGAAAUAGGUAAUUAUUUCAUUUGAAAACUUCACGUACCGUUAACAAUAAAGAUUAGCACUUAAUUUAACUAAAAUUAGCCAGAAAUAAGACAUAAAUGUUAAACAAAACGAAUAAACAACGGUCACUUUAUUGUGUUUUUCAUUGGAAAACAUAGUCGAUCGAUGAAAAAUUCGAUGGUGAAAAGGUACACUUUUAAUUUUUCUGAGAAAUUUAUAAAUUAAAAUUUGUGACUAAGAAUGGAUUUUCGCUUUGUUUGGAGCAAAAUUAACUAAAUAAUGAAACUGUGGUAUAGAAAAUAUAUAAAUAUAAUAAUUUACAGUAGACUCUCUCUCAAUCGGGAAUAUGGGGCAAAAUGUCAUCCGGUUUAGCGAUAGAAUUGUGCGUCAAAGCCUUUGUAAAUUCCACAAAAAGCGCUCAAUUAUAAAGAAUCACGAUAAAAUAGGAAGAACUACAGCGAAUUUGAGCGAAUUAGCUUCAUAAUUGAACGUGAAAAUUGGGGUCUCGGUAGCUCAAUGGGCAAAGUGUUGGCUUUGUGACGCAGAGGCCCUCGGUUCGAUCCUUGAUCGAAGCGCGUCCGGUGAAUAAUUGGAAAACAGUUUUUCACCGUCCUUAAAAGCUACAAACUGAACGCAAAAAUAUCAAGAAGGAA